AUGGAUGUCCGGAAUGUGGAGCUGUCUAUCGAGGACAUACUUUUUAUCCACAGGCACUGGAUUACCAAAUUAUAUCUCGAUGACCAGAAGUCCGAAGACGAGAUCGUGGACAUGCUGUAUGAGCGUCGUCUUCCCGUUACGAUAUCUCAAAUACAGAACUGUUUAAUGGAGUGGGACUUGAUCUCAUUCCCAUCCACACGCCGAGGAUCCUCUGCAAGUGCCUCGUCCGCCCAGUCCAGCUCCGAGGGAUGGGAGGCUCUCCGUUCGGCUUCACCAACAUCAUCCACAACAUCACACCACUCCACCGCGCCAGAGAAUGUCGCCCUUUAUAGCAAACGCCCCCUUCCUUCCCUGCCCUCCUCCGCCUCUAGCUCCCGCUCAACAUCAGCAUCCCGUCCAUGCCCCUCAGGAUCCAAGUCCCAAAACCUUCCUGCUAGGCUAAGACGAUUCGCUGAUCGCUCGUCACACGACCUCCUACAGGUCACCUGCCAUCAUAGUGGAAGGAGAAACUACGAAGUUGAGAUGACACUCGGUGUUAUUCCAUAUGAAGGUCCAAGCCUCUUGGAUCUCUAUACGAGAGAUAUGGAGCAGAGUCAUGAAAGAAUUGCGGUGGGUCUAAAGAGGGUGACGGUCCCAACUGGAAGGGGCGACUCCUAUUGUGACAAGGCAAGCUCCGAUGAGUUCGAAUGGAUGAGGCAGUGGAAGCGGCAUAGCGGCGGCAGGAGUAGGAGGGUCGUUGAGAUCUUGCAAAUGCGGGAUGCUGAUGAUGCUGAUAUUGAAGAUGAAUAUGAGGGGGAGCUCCGACGGAGAUCUCGGGUAUACUAG